AUGAAGCUCUCUGUUCUUUCUUCCAUCCUUCUCGCCGGCACAGCUGUUGCCGCUCCUCUCACAGCCCAACGCCAGGCUCGGAAUGCGCGUCGCGUUGCUCGUGCUGCCAACCGCUCCAGCCAUCCUCCCUACAAGCCAGACAGCUCUGAGCUCCUGCAUCUCUCCAACACCACCCACGUGGAGUACAGCUCCAACUGGGCCGGCGCCGUCCUCAUCGGCACCGGCUACACAGCCGUGACGGGAGAGUUCACCGUCCCGACCCCGUCUACCCCCAGUGGCAGCUCGUCUUCGAAAGAGUACUGCGCCUCCGCCUGGGUCGGCAUCGACGGCGACACCUGCUCAACCGCCAUCCUGCAGACCGGCGUUGACUUCUGCGUGCAGGGGAGCAGCGUCUCCUUCGACGCCUGGUACGAGUGGUACCCGGACUACGCGUACGACUUUAGCGGGAUCACCAUCAGCGCCGGCGACACGAUCCGGGUGACCGUCGACGCUACCAGCAAGACGGCCGGCACUGCCACCGUCGAGAACCUGACGACCGGGAAGACGGUGACGCACACCUUUACCGGCGGCGUCGACGGCAGCCUGUGCGAGUACAACGCCGAAUGGAUCGUCGAGGACUUUGAGGAGAAUGGUAGUCUUGUGCCCUUUGCGGACUUUGGUACCGUGACCUUUAGCAGUGCUGAGGCUACCGAUGGGGGCUCGACUGUUGGUCCUUCUGGUGCUACCGUGAUCGAUAUUGAGCAGAGUAAUAAGGUUCUGACCUCUGUCUCGGUGGGGUCCAGCUCCGUUACCGUCAAGUACGUGUAA